UUUCUAGCCAGCGCCUGAGAAUGGGUAUCUCAAGGGACAACUGGCAUAAGCGCCGCAAGACCGGUGGUAAAAGGAAGCCCUACCACAAGAAGAGAAAGUAUGAGCUGGGCCGACCUGCUGCAAACACCAAGAUUGGACCUCGUCGAAUUCAUACAAUCAGAGUCCGUGGUGGCAAUAAGAAGUACCGUGCUCUGAGAUUGGAUGUCGGCAACUUUGCUUGGGGCUCAGAAUGCUGUACCCGUAAGACCAGAAUCAUUGAUGUUGUGUACAAUGCCUCCAACAAUGAGCUUGUCAGAACGAAGACACUGGUGAAGAAUUGUAUUGUCCUGGUUGACAGCACUCCUUUCAGGCAGUGGUAUGAGGCACACUAUGCAACUCCCCUUGGCCGUAAGAAAGGGGCAAAGCUGACUCCAGAGGAGGAAGAAAUAUUAAACAAGAAGAGAUCCAAAAAGAUUCAAAAGAAAUAUGAAGAGCGCAAGAAGAACAGUAAAAUUAGUACUCUCCUAGAAGAGCAGUUCCAGCAGGGCAAGCUUCUAGCUUGCAUUGCUUCAAGACCCGGACAGUGUGGAAGAGCAGACGGCUACAUUUUGGAAGGCAAGGAACUGGAGUUCUACCUAAGGAAAAUAAAAGCAAAGAAAGGCAAAUAAAUGCACGUUGUUUGUUAAUAUCCCACUUGUCAAUAAAAAAAAAAAAAAAACCCAGAA